GCCUCCGGUGGCGGCGGGGAGCGCCCUCCGUGCUGCGCGGCUGCGGCGCGGCCAUGGAGCUGCCCCUGCUGCUGGCGGUCAGCUACGAGCUGAGCGAGGCCGAGCUGGCGGCGCUCAAGUUCCUCAGCCGGGAGCACGUCCCCAGGAGGAGGCUGGAAGCCGCUCGGAGCCCGCACGACUUGUUCGAAGCGCUGCAGGAGAAGGGCGUGCUGGAGGCGGGGAACCUGGCCUUCCUCAGGGAGCUGCUCUACCGCAUCGGGCGGAUCGACCUCCUGGUUGCCCACCUGGGCUCCAGCCGGGAGCAGGUGGAGAGGGAGCUGCGGGUGCCGGGCAGGGCGCGGGUGCCGCCCCUCAGAUACUUGCUCUUUCAGCUGUCUGAAGAUAUCACCGAAGAUGAGCUGAUGUCUUUCAAGUUACUUUUGGUCAAAGAUUUACCAAAAAGCAAGCUAACCCGUGAGACUACAAUGCUCGACAUUCUCACUGAGAUGGAAAAGAAGGGCCUUCUGAGAAAAGACAACCUAAGUAUGCUGAAGAGUCUCUGUGAAAAAAUUAACAUCAGCCUGUGGAGCAGAAUUGAAGAUGGAUUAAACCUAUUUGGCCAAGAAGAGAUGUUCGUCACACAGGAAGAGAGGGGCAGUACAGGAAGCUCUGGGGGGCAUCUGGUGUCAUCUGUAGCACCCUAUCUUCCUGGCAAUUUUAAUGAUUCUUCCCAGCUGCUUGAAGCUUACAAAAUGACCAGCCGACCCUGUGGAGUGUGCCUGAUCCUGAAUAAUCACAAUUUUGCAAAAGCUAGGGAAGGAGUGCUGGAACACAAACACAUGAAGGAUCGGAAUGGUACAGAUGUGGAUGCAGAGGCUCUGAGGAAUGUCUUUAGCAAGCUUCAUUUUAGAGUAGAAGAAUAUAGAGACCUCACUGCAGAAGAAAUCCGAAAGACUGUGAACAACUUCCGGAAUGAAGACCAUGAAGACAAGGACUGUUUUGUUUGCUGUAUCCUGUCUCAUGGGAAAAAAGGCAUUAUAUAUGGUGUUGAUGGGCAGGAAGUACCUAUCCGGGAACUGACCACUUCUUUCACUGUACAGAAUUGCAACUCACUUGCUGGAAAACCGAAAGUUUUUUUUAUUCAGGCCUGCCAAGGUGAUGCUUUCCAUAAAGGUGUGACCAUCGAAACAGAUUCUGGAGAGCAAGAUUCUUCUGUAGAGCAAGAUGCGAGGUUUCAGCUCGAAUGCAUCCCCGCAGAGGCAGACUUCCUCCUGGGCAUGGCGACCCUGCAGGAUUACGUCUCCUACAGAAGUCCCAGGGAGGGAACCUGGUACAUACAGGCACUGUGCCAGCACCUGGAAUACAGCUGUCCUCGAGGGGAAGAUGUUCUCACUAUCCUGACAGCGGUAAAUCAAGAAGUGAGCAGAAAAUCUUGUGAGCGGGAUGCAAAGAAGCAGAUGCCACAGCCCAGUUUCACACUGAGGAAGAGGCUCAUCUUCCCUGUCAACUGAAUGGGAGCGCUGCAGCAGCCUGGAAUUGGCUGGUUUCACUCAGAAUUUGAUCAAACACAACAGACUUUCAAGUGUCUACUCUUACCAAAAGAGCAGAUAUUUUUAAUUGAAAAUACAACUGAGGAGAAAAAGCCCUAAGAAAUUUGUGUUAAUAUGUGUAACACUUCAUACUUCAGAGCAUCUCUGAGCUGGUCUCUGAUUUAUCUCUGAUUUAUUUAGCUGAUCUCUCUCAGAUCUGUGGUUUGCUGGCUAAAGUACACUCAGUGGCCUUAUCAGCUGUGUCACAUUGCUAUUGCUUUCAUCAGGUAUCUUUACAAGGCAACUUUCAGAAGACAACCAUUAUAAAGCCUAUUUUGCAAAAUAAACGGGAGAGUGCUGUAAAUUUUAUAGGAUAUAA